CGUAAAAACACUUUUCAUCCACCCCUCAUAUUUUGGUUAGUUGUGGCCCAGCUGGACACUCUCGUGCAGCUGUCUGUUCUUGCCUCUUUGGCUUUUGAGAUUUACACUUUCAGACUGUCUGGGACUGAAAGUUGGAUUGUAUGGGAAGCGUGUGGUCUGUUCUCCACUGUGCGUAAAGUGAGCGUUAAUUAAACUCUACACCAUGUGCAGCAGUCUGUUGGUGAAAACCAUGGAGGACCUGAGCCUUGAUCCGGGUUAUGUGACCGGGGACCCCUGCCCGUCCCUCAGCCUGUCCUCUUCAGGUAGGUCGAGGGAGUCUCAGGCGCACACGAGCACUCCUCACCGGGGUACCUGGUGUCAGCACGCCGGCUCCCUGUACAGCAGGAACGGCAGCUGGGACACGGUGAGCACGCUGCCGGAGGACGCAGCUGAGAUCCUGGCCAAGUGCCCCUGUCUGCCGGAGCUGGAGGAGUAUCCCUGGACCGAGCAGGAGCUUCGGGAAGUCGUGGGUCGAAUCGCAGAUUCGGAUGCUCCCUUCACCGGAGAGGCGGUCCACCGCCUGUCCGUUCUACUCCGGAGGGCUUUGGUGCGGAUCUCCCGGGAGGCGCAGCGGCUGAGUGAGCUCCACAGGCGGUGCACACGUCUGGAGAUCCAGAGCGCGGUUAGACUUGUGCUGGGCUGGGGUCUGGCCGAGAAGUGCAUCUCCUCCGCGGUGAAGGCCGUGUCCCUGCACUGCAUGAGCUCCGGGGACGCCGCGCGUCAGCGGAGCAAGUCUGCGCGCUGCGGGCUGACGCUCUCCGUGGGUCGCUUCUUCAGGUGGAUGGUGGAAACGCGCGUCUCGGUGCGCGUGCACGAGUACGCCGCCGUCUGCCUGGCAGCCUGCGUGGAGAGUUUGACAGAAGAGGUAGCCGGACGGGCGCUGCAGGCAGCAAAGCUGGCCGAGGAGGAGAAGCAGGGCGGCGGGGUCACCUGCUGCCCGGUGACCGCGGAGCUGCUGGAGGGAGCCAUUAACAACGACGCGGAGCUGUGGGGGCUGCUGCAGGUCUACGAGCAUCUGAUAUGUGGCAAAAAUGCCAAUGGUGAGCUGUCGCUGCCGGCUCACGUCAGCCCGUACACGAAGGUUCCCGGGGAUUCAGUGGAGAGCAGGGAGGACGCCUACAUCCAGCUGGAGCUGCGAACACUGGAACAGGCUCUACUUGCCACCUGUGUGGGCAGCAUCGCAGAGCUCAGUGAUCUGGUGUCUCAUGCGAUGCACCACAUGCAGCGUCUGCGCAGCUCGGGCCCUUCUAUCAGCCCAGCUCGCUCAGCCAAUCAGCCGUCGGUAUCCUGGGCCCCGGGCGCCCUUCGAACGCUCUACUAUUUCCUGUCCAGCCCACAGAUGGAGUCACUGGAAAGUCCCAACCUGGAGCCUCCGACCCUGACACUGAGCAGAGAGAGGCCGUUCCUGCUCCUCCCUCCUCUCAUGGAGUGGAUCAGAGUCGCCGUGGUGCACGCUGAGCAUCGCCGAAGCCUAUUGGUGGACAGCGAUGAUGUCAGACAGACAGCCAGGCAGCUCCUCCCAGGACUGGACUGUGAGCCCAGGCAGCUAAAGUCGGAGUGCUCUUUCCAGUCGUUCAAAUAUUUAGAUGCAGAAGCAGCUUCAGCAAAGUUCCAGCUGGAUCUUGGCUUCAGGAUGCUCUCGUCUGGCCGAGCAGAUCUGGUCCAGCAGGCCACACGGCUUCUGGGAGCUGAAGGGGUGAACACCAAGGACGACCAGGGAAUGACUCCUCUGAUGUACGCCUCUGCCGCAGGAGAUGAAGCUCUGGUGCAGAUGCUCAUAGAGGCCGGCGCUAACCUGGACCUGCAGGUCCCAGGCUGCUCCGGCAGACACCCGUCGGUUCACCCCGGCAGUCGGCGCUGGGUGGCUCUGACGUUCGCUGUGCUGCACAGUCACCUGUCUGUGGCUCAGCUGCUGCUGGAGGCCGGAGCAGAUGUGGAGGGAGGAGCCCUGCAGGACGGUCAGGAGAGCUCAGCUGAGACGCCGCUACAGCUAGCUGCUGCUGCAGGACACUAUGAGAUGGUGAGCUUGCUGCUCGCCCAUGGAGCAGACCCUCUGCUCAGAGUGCAUCAUGGGAAUUCACUGACAUCACCGCUGUAUGAGGACAUGAACUGCUUCAGCUAUGCUGCCGCACACGGACACCGGAACAUCCUGAGGAGGCUGCUGCUACAGCCUCAGCACAGGAAGGAGGACGUCCUCUCUCUGGAGGAAAUCCUGGCUGAAGGAGUAGAGGAGGAGGAGGAGGAUGGACAAACUCCAGCUCCGGACUCACAGAGCCCUGUUCCCAGGCUGUGUAAGGCCAGGAUGAAGGCCCUGCAGCAGGCGGCGUACUACAGCGCUGAGCACGGUUACCUGGAUGUAACCUUGGAGCUCAGAGAGAUGGGUGUUCCCUGGAGGCUCCACAUCUGGCUGGAGUCUCUCCACAGAGCCCAGCAGCUGUGCAGGGACAAAGUCCUCGUCUCCCUCCUCACGGAGUUCCCCAGCAUCAGGACGGAGGACUACAGCCCCGAGCUCCUCUCCACAGGCAUACCACUAAUGUUCAGCAUGUUAGAGACCAGCAAGGACUACGUGGUCACCAAGCGGCUGGCGUCUGUGUUUGCUCACUGCUACAGCUGCUCCCCUGUUCCUCCCAUCCCACCCAUGGACGUCACCCUGUCUACACAGUUAGAUAUUCACUUCCUCAACAACCAGGAGAUGUCGGACGUGACGUUCAUGGUGGACGGGCGUCCGUUCUUCGCCCAUCGGGUGCUGCUGAUGUCGGCCUCUGAACGGUUUCGACUGAUGCUCUGUGAUUCCCCCGACAAUAUCAUCCACAUCAGUCACAUGACCUACAGCACAUUCCAGAUGAUGAUGAAGUCUCUGUACUGUGGAGGAACCGAGGGACUGACUGUCUCCCACGCUGAAGCCAUGAAGCUGCUGCCAGGGGCCACGUUCUUCCAGCUCAGAAGUCUGCAGAGGUGCUGUGAGAUGAAGCUGUCGCAAAGUCUGACUCUGGACAACGUCGUCAACAUCUACCAGACCGCCAAGCACCACGGAGGAGCUGAACUCUACAGAUUUUGCGAAGGAUUCUUCUUGCAGAACAUGGAUCGGCUCCUGGACCAAGAGGACUUCCACCACCUACUUCUGGGCGGUGUCGGUCAGGAGCUCCUCUGCCCAGGCGUGGGCACCCAGGACCAGGUUCUGCUGAGGGUUUUGGAGGCCACGCUAAUCCGCAGAGUUUACACCCUCCACUCUACAUGUCGAGGGUAGAAAUAGUCCGGUGGUAGCGGAGGCUGCUGCCCUGUGUUCUGCCACGCUGGUAUGUGUGUUUGGGAAUAGUAGCCAUUUAUGUGUUUUGAACCUUAGUCCUUAAAGGGAGAACACGUUAGCGUAGAAGAAGAAGAAGAAGAAGAAGAAGAAUAGACUGAAAACACAGUCAGUGUUUUAACAAGUUAUUCCUCCUAUUUAUUAAUCUCGACACAAGUGAACAUUGUAGAGAUGUAUGCAGAUCGAUGAUGCAGAAACUUAAUUCAUUUAACUAAAAAUAACAGACCUCCUGGCUGCGUGUUUUACCUUUUGAGUAUUAGCGGUUUCCUGUCACUGUAAGUCACAUAUAGUUUCGGUUUCCUUGACUGAUGGUCGGACAAAUUAAGCAGCUUGAAGACGUCACCUUUGACUGUUGUAAACUGUGACGGGCAUAAUUGAAAAGUCAUUGCUGUAAUAGAUUAAUCUUUUUGUGGUUUCACUUGUGUCAGGACAUCUCUAGAAACAAGACAUUACCUCAGGCCAUGUGUUCAAAAAAUAUUUAAAUCAAGCCUUACUAAAGCUCUUGUUUAAAUGUAUGUUUAUUGGAUGUGUGUAGCCUGUAAAGAUCAGCGUCAGAGCCCUGUUAACUGGCUAUCUGGGGAACUGCACACCCUAAUAUCAUCACGGAGCAAAAGCUACCGUGUAAGUAGGCAGAUAUUCUCUUGUACCACCCAUGGUUGGAGUCACCAAACGUCUAAGUCACAUUUUUAAGGUCUAAACUCAAACUGUACACUGAAGCCACAAUAUGAAGCAUAAAUGUUAAAGAUGGAGUCAGCGUAUUUAAUCCAACACACUUUUGUGUGUGACUAUUUCUACUACACCUUUCCAAUCUCGUAUGCAGUUUAUAGUCACAGCGCUGGCAGAUUAAAAACCUUUGAUGCAAUUGGUCCUUGAUUUUCAGAAAUUACAGCCGCCAAUAGCAGAUUUUGUUAGCUUGCACUAACUAUUAAACUAUGUAACCUGGUUUAGUGUCCUUGCUUGGAUACUUGCUAUAUAAAAAUCUAGUAUUAGUUCUAGCCUGUCAUUAGUUUACCCACUGUAAGGCUAGCUAAUCUAAUCUAAUCUUUUUACUGCGGCCCCUGCAUCAGAAUGUUGAAAAAUCUGAAACGCUGGGUGAUGUUUCGCAAACCUGGUUUGGUGAACCAGUCACUGCACUGAAACAGUUACUACCCUCAUACAUUCGCAUCGACUCAAUAUUACUGCUGAUCCAUUUUAGCUUUUUUUUUUUUUUUUAACAAAUGUGCAGUUUUGCAGAAAGCAAGUUAAUGCGGCUCCGUACAGCUGCAGCAACUCAAAGACGGUAUUAGAGCUGCAGCGAUUAGUCGAUUAAUCAAUUAGUUGUUCAUCGUUUUGAGUAAAAAAAAAUAAUAAUAAAAGUAAAAAUUUUCUGAUUU